UUUUUUUUUUUUUUUUUUUCCCCCACUUCUGCAAAUCAGGCGACACCCAAGCCGCAAAAUAUCGCAAGCCGAUUGACCUCUUUUGCAAUUUCUUAUAACUUUUAGAAGGCUCCCUUCGAAAAAUAUCCUCCCAAUGGGGAUUUUAUUAAAAACUAUACGACAUUUCCUUAGUUGAAAGAAGCUAGGGUUUUUUAUAUAUAUAUAUAUAUUUUUAAAUCCUCUACGCCUGAGCUUUUUUUUCUUUUUUCAAUUUUCUUAGCCAGUCUAAUUGGUCUGAUCUGGUCAUGGAUUCGCGAGAUUCAUCAUCGUCGUCGGCUCCGAAUCGAGAUGGUGCUGCCGGCGACCACGACGGCGUCCUCUCCAUCGCUGCCGCACUUGCUAAAGACGCCGCUCUUUACUUCGAGUCUAGGAAGUUCGACGAGUGCCUCGAUGUCUUGAAUCAGCUCAAACAGAACAAAGAAGACGAUCCAAAGCAGGUUCUUCAUAAUAUUGCAAUUGCGGAGUUUUUUCGGGAUGGUUGCUCAGAUCCAAAGAAGUUGCUUGAAGUCCUUAACAAUGUCAAGAAGAGAAGUGAGGAGCUCGCACAUGCAUCUGGGGAACAGGUGGAAACCGGUAGCAAUGUUGGAAAUAAGGUUAUUUCAGGUUCAAAAGGAAGUGGUACAACUACACUGUUUUCUGCUUCAAAUAGUGCCAGUGUUAUUUACGCAGAUGAAUUUGAUACUUCUGUGGCUGCUCUAAACGUAGCAGUCAUUUGGUUCCACCUUCAUGAAUAUGCAAAGGCAUUAUCUGUUCUUGAACCUCUGUAUCAAAACAUCGAACCAAUAGAUGAGACAACAGCUCUUCAUAUCUGCCUCCUGUUGCUGGAUGUUGUGCUAGCUUGCCAUGAUGCUUCAAAAUCUGCCGAUGUAUUGAAUUAUUUGGAAAAGGCAUUUGGCGUUGGUAAUGUGAGCCAAGGGGACAAUGGUAACAUGGCUGCCCAACAAUCCAUGAAUCUAGUUGGAAAAUCUUCCUCACUUCCAAGCGGUACGUUUGUCGCAGAUGCUUCUAGUUCAGACUUAGCUGCUAGUCUAAAUUCCUCUGAGAAUCCUCUAUCUGGAACUUUAUCUGAGGAUCAGCUGGAUGAGAUGUUUUCAACACUGGAUAUUGGUAGACAGAACUUGGCAAGGACUGCUGGUCUUACAUCUGCAAAUGAUCUUCCCAGGAUCACAGUUGAUAAAUCUAUCUCUGGUGUUGAUCUGAAGCUCAAAUUGCAACUUUACAAGGUUCGGUUUUUGCUUCUCACUAGAAAUGUAAAGCUAGCAAAGCGCGAAGUCAAGCAUGCUAUGAACAUUGCUCGAGGGAGAGAUUCAUCCGUGGCUCUCCUCUUGAAGGCCCAGCUUGAGUAUGCUCGUGGAAACCAUCGAAAGGCCAUCAAGUUGUUGAUGGCAUCAAGUAAUCGGACAGAUGCAGUAAUUUCAAGCAUGAUUAACAACAAUCUAGGCUGCAUUUACUAUCAACUUGGGAAGUAUCAUACUUCUGCAGUGUUCUUUUCCAAGGCACUGAGUAAUUGUUCAUCUCUUCAGAAGGAGAAGCCUCUAAAGCUUUUAACAUUCUCACAGGAUAAAUCUCUCCUCAUAACAUAUAACUGUGGGUUGCAGUACUUGGCCUGUGGGAAACCAAUACUAGCCUCUCGUUGUUUCCACAAGUCAAGUUUAAUUUUCUACAAAAGACCCCUCUUGUGGCUUCGGCUUGCUGAAUGUUGUCUAAUGGCUGUAGAGAAAGGACUUGUAAAAGGAAGUAGAGCUUCAUCAGACAGAUCAGAAAUUAGAGUCCAUGUUAUUGGAAAGGGUAGGUGGAGGAAACUUCUAAUUGAAGAUGGGAUUUCAAGAAACGGACUUGUAGAUUCUGUUGAAAAGGAUGAUUGGGCUUUAGGUGGUAAUGGGCAGCCCAAGCUUUCGUUACCCCUUGCUAGGCAGUGUCUCUAUAAUGCACUGCACUUGUUGAACUGUUCUGAGUGGAGUAAUUCAAAGUCUGUUUUACCAUCCAGUUUGUCCUCGGAGGAGGACGAAUCAAGUGAUGGAGCAUCUUCCAGGAACUCAAACCAUAAUAACUUACCUGGGAUUGAUUCCAAGGCUUCAACUAUGUUAGUAGGUCUAGUUAACUCAAACGGGGAUUUGAAAGAGCCAAAGGGGGGAACUAAUCAGGAGAUUAUUCAGAACUCAAUCUAUUAUUAUGAAGAUAUAUGCAGAAGAGAAAAUCAGAUGAUUAAGCAAGCUCUUCUUGCUAACCUGGCAUAUGUAGAGUUAGAACUGGAAAAUCCUUUGAAGGCUCUUUCUGCAGCACAAUCUCUCUUAGAACUGCCAGGUUGUUCAAGAAUUUACAUCUUUCUAGGUCAUGUCUAUGCAGCGGAGGCUCUCUGCUUGCUGAACAAGCCUAAGGAAGCUGCGGAGCAUUUGUCCAUUUAUUUAUCCGGGGGGAAUAAUGUUAAAUUGCCGUUUGGUCAAGACGACUGUGAGCAGUGGCGAGUGGAAAAACCUGUUGAUUGUGAAGAAUCAAAUGGAGGAGCAUCAGCUGCCAAUAAUACUUCCCCUGAGGCCUUGCAGGAAUUCAUGUUUCUUAAGCCAGAAGAGGCACGUGGAACGCUUUAUGCAAAUCUUGCCACCUUAUCUGCGAUACAAGGUGAACUUGAUCGUGCCCACCAUUUUGUAAUGCAAGCAUUGUCCCUGGUACCAAACAGUAGCGAAGCCAUUAUGACUGCGAUUUAUGUUGAUCUCAUGCUAGGUAAGUCACAAGAAGCUCUGUCCAAGUUAAAACAUUGUAGUCAUGUCAGGUUCCUUCCCAGCAGUCUACAGUUGAAUAAAUCCUCCUAAUCGUCGUGUGGGUGGUUCUAAUUCAAUCCUUUGGCCCACCAUUCAGUUGCUAGUUAGCAGGUAGAUAAGCAAUCCUUUUAGAGGAUUUGUAUCAUAUAAUAUAGUUCAAUUCAGAUAACAAGUUUCCUGUUUUUUCUUCUUUUUUGUUUUUCCCUUCAUUUUUCCAUAUGUAGGGGUCAUUUUUCAGUGGUUUGGCUGAUUGUUUGGGUAAGAGCUGAUGCCCACCUGUGAAUUUGAGAUGUAGUUCUAAUUCAGGAUUAUUGUGUUUUAGUGGCUAAUCCCUCUGGUAUUGAAGCAUAGAGAGAUAUUGCGCGCCUCUUGAGAUCGAAACGGAAUAGAUUUUAUUCAUAUUGGAUUUAAAUCCCAAAGUCAUUCAUUCCAAUGGGUCGUGGCCUUGCCUUUCAAUUUACUUAAUUUCUUACCCUGUUGUGUCUGCUAUUCUUACUGUUACUUCUCGUUAUGCAUUACGUAGAAAACUCAACUGUUCAUGAGCUAUUGGCAACAGGCCCUACCAUUUUGAUUUACUUCAUUUGUCCAUUUCGUUUUAUACAUUUCCAAUCGAGUUUCUCUCAAUUUCUCAUGGCCCAUUCCAUGCUCUUGAAGACCUAGCUCAAAUUUUGAAUCAAAGCCUAGAUUCCAGACAAAUUGAUUUUAAAUUCACAAAGUUCGCAAAGCAAAAUUGGAUAUCCAAAAGUUCAUAAAAUCCAAAUCCAAAUCCGUUGCAAUUGUGCUAUUAGACAUCCAAACAAAAAGG